ACAUACUUCGUAUCUAUGGAUUUAAGAGGCUUGUUUGUUUACUUUACGUUAGGGAUAGGAAUAAUAUGGUACUGAGGUUAUUGUAGUAUAAUGUAGUUGGAAUGAUCGUGAAACGCCAGUGCGCAGUAGUGUCGUUGGGGGCGUUGCUGGUCCUGGUGCUAUCUGCCAAUGUGUACUUCGUGUACAUCAUCGUUGAUGACACUGCCCCGUAUGGGUCUGCCACAAGCCAUGUCUCGGGUGGCAAGAGUGAGAGGAGCAGGCCAUAUACAUUACUAAGCAGAGGCGAGCAGGUGGCACCAGGCUUUUACCGCAAUACUACCAUGACUGCGGCAUAUCACAUUGAGGCAAAGCUGGCCUCGCUCCCCCUGAAAUACCGCACUAUAUCUCCACGACACGGCCGCCUACUGCAGCAGCUGCUAGAGCCCAUGAACAAAUCCACAACAGUCGACACAAGCCAGUGGGCCAUCGCCGCUAAGUGGGUGAACGCGAGGGAGGUUAUGCCGGCCUGGGCACCACAGCUGGGCAGCAUGCUGCACACACUCUGCUCUUCCAGGAUAUUGCAUGCAGACAAUGCUCUGCAAGGGACUCAGCUCAAGCUGAUACUAACGCUUGCCGGCGGACAGAGGGCCAUCUUCAAGCCUCAGUGGUACUCCCGAGAGGCGAUCAUACAGGGACCGGUGUACGCAGGCAAAGACCGCCACAAUGCGGAGGUGGCAGCCUUCCACUUGAGCCUGGCGCUGGGGCUGCGGCGCUGUCCUCUCACGGUUGGCCGAAAACUCAACCUACGGCGUGAGCUGAUUCCUGUAGCGAGCGACAACUUGCUCGACACUUUCUAUCAGGAAGGCAACAACACAUGCUUCUACGGGGUGUGCUACUACUGCAGCCCCCAGGAUCCAGUUUGUGCUCAAAAGGAUGUGCUGGAGGGAGCACUCAUCAUGUGGCUGUCACCUGGAAAACUCAAAAAACUGCGGAGCCCUUGGCAGCGCACCUACAAGGCCGGCGUGGCUGCCAGGUGGGAGUUGGAUGAGCAGUAUUGCGACAAGGUGAAGGCUUCGAAGCUGUAUCGCCCUGACUUAAGCCCUCGUUUGUUGGAUUUGGUGGAUACUGCGCUAUUCGACUUCCUUAUCGACAAUGGGGACCGCCACCACUAUGAGGUGUUUGACAACUGGUCUCACUCUGCUGUGCUGCUUCUGGACAAUGGCAAAAGUUUUGGCAACCCACACCUGGAUCAUGUGGAUAUAUUGGCACCAUUGUACCAAUGUUGCAUACUGCGGAAGUCAACGUGGCAGCGGCUGCGCCAGUUCUCGGGCGGAGUGCUUGGCUCGACCCUGGGAGCGCUGCUGGAACACAGCCACAUAUCUCCUGUGCUGGCCGCCGCCCACCUGCGAGCCCUCGACCGCCGCCUGAUGACCACCUUCGCCGCCGUGGAGCAGUGCUUCUCGCGCUACGGCCGCUCCUCCGUGCUGCUCAGCUAGCGUCGUGCCGUGCUCGGACUAAAACAAAUGGUCCCCUCUGAAAACACAACCAUGUUUAUUUAGAUGGGAUCUGUUCAUGUAUGUUUAAGAAGAGUGUGAAUGCACUAACUCUUCGGAAUUAUGCUAAUUCAUAAAACUAAAAAGCAAUUUUUAUGAACAUAUAUUAGCAAAUGAACCCGUAUAGUCUUCUACAGUUUACCAACAGUCCGUAAACAGUUGCCACAAGCUCUUAUGAGCUGCAGAUCUUGCCAAACACUAUCCUUAAGCAGUUUAUUCAUAGGCCAUGGGUGAAAUGCCAAUUGUGAUAUUACUACUCGAUAGAAGUAGUAUAUAAAUGUUCCUCCGAGCGCUGGGUUCUGGGUGUGGUGUUGGUGGUGUCGACCACCAUGACAUCGCUGCAGCCAUAUUGAACGAGCUUGACCUUGACCUAUGACCUUGACCAUGCUGCAGCCAUAUUGAAUGAGCUUGACCUUGACCUAUGACCUUGACCACUUGACCACGAUGGUGAUUUUAUAUCCGUCAUUAUCAUUUCUAGAACAUUUCACCAUUUUUAUUUAUAAAACAUUAUGCCAUUUUGAAUUUUAAAGUUAUAGCCAUUAUUUCUAAUUCUAGUACUUUCAGCAAUUUUAUAUCCUGUCAUUUUGAACUGUGGGAUCACCACAAUAUUUCGUUAUGGUAGCCAUCUUCUACAUUGACCUUGAGAUUUGACCAUGAUUAAUGUACCUUUACCUUUACCAAUAACUUUGACAUCAAAAAUCAUGCAAUUUUGCCUACGCUGCCAUGGUAACAUGAAACGCUCCAAUAUCACAUAAUUUUGCCUAUCCUUCCCUGGGAACCUGAAAAGUUUAUCAAACAUGUCAUUUCUUUAAGCUGUUUCUAGGGAAAGAAAUACUAAAAAAUGCACCAUUUAGCCUGCCCAGGAAACUUGAAACAUUUCAAAAACACACUAAUUUAGAAGAGCUUGCAAUGGGAACCACAAACAUUUAAAAAACAAGCCAUUUUCCAUGCCUGCCCUGGAAACCUAAAACCUAAAAAAACACCAUUUGGCCGAGCCUGCUCUAGGAACCUGAUACCAAAAAAAUGCCAUAUGGCGGAGCUCACUCUUGAAACCUGAAACCCUCAAAAACAUGCGAAUUGGGCGAGUCUGCACUUUUAACCUAAGAUGCUCAAAAAUACUUAGUUUUCCCAAGUCUUACAUGCAAACAUAAAACGUAAAAAAACACUGUUUGUCGCUUAACAUGGGAACCCGAAAUGUUAAAAAAAAAACACUAAACUGGGACUACCCUUGGAACCUAAAAAAUAUAUUUAAAAAAUGCCAUUUCGCUGAGCCUGACCUGGGAAAAUUAAACAUUAAAGAAUACACUAUUAAUCUGAGCCUGUCCUAAUGACCUGUAAAGUUUAAAAAACAAGCCAUUUUGCCGAGCGUGCCCAGGGAACAUAAUACGCUCAAGAAUCACACUUUUUGGCUGAGCAGGCCAUGGGAACCUGACACCCUCAAAAACACGCUAUUUAGCAAAUUUUGCCCUGGGAACUUGAAAUGCUCAAAUAUCACAUACUUUCGCCGAUACUGCCCUAGGAACCUGAAACGAUUAAAAAGGAGUCAUUUAGCCAACACAACCGUAGGAACAUGAAUUGCUCAAAAACAUGCAAUUAGGCAGAGCCUGCUCUAGGAACCUAAAAUUCCCCUGGAAAAGAAAAAACACUAUUCUGCCGAGCUUGCCCUAGGAACCAGGUAAAACUAAAAAUCAUCCCAUAUACCAAUAAUACCUUGAGAACCUGAAGUCCACAGAAAAAACCUGUUCUGCUUAGCCUGCCCAGCGAACCAUUAAAAAAACACGCCUUUGUCAGAGCCUGCCUGAGAUCCUGAACACUCAAAAAACAUGCCAUUUUGAUUAGCCUGCGAACAUGAAAAGUUCAAAUAUAACAUAAUUUGACCCAGCCUGCCAUGGAAACCUUAGAUAUUUUAAAUACAAGUAGUUUCACUAAGCCUACCCUGAGAACCUGAAAUGUUAAAAAAAAAAAAAUUAAAUUAAAAAAAAUUAAAAACACCAUUGGCUGAGCCUGCCAUAGUAACCUUUAAUGCUCAAAAAACACAUUAUUUGGCUAUACUGGCAUUGUAAUUACCAGGUAAAGAAAAUGUUGCCAUGGUUCAUAUUCCUUUGACUUAUUAGCUAUGCGCCCACCGAGAAGUCCGUAGUGACUGAAGCCUGGAAGCUCCUGGGUGCAGAAAAAUCACCGGAGAAAUUGGAGUCGAAAACGGAAAGGCAGCCCAGUAGGAAAGAAA